CGAGCAGUAUAUAAUCGGACCAAAAACGGCAAGGAAAACCAAUUCUGCUCCACGGACAGGCAGUAUAAUAAAAGCUCAAAGGUAGACGAAACUCCUUGAACGUGAAGAUCAGUGACGUUUGGAAUUCAUUGAGUUGCUGUACUAGCCUUUUAAAAUGGUAUCACGGUCUAAUGGCCUGGUUCUUGCUGCCUGCCUCAUGGCUCUAUUGGUGUCUGUGAGCUCCUCACCACCACCAGAAACAUCACGCGACUGUGUCGUGAAUAUGCUCACAAGAGCCGGAAUCACCAGAAGGACGGCUCGCAAAUACGCCAAAUACUUAGCCCUUGCGGAUGCCAGGCCAGACGACUUGGGAACGGCCUCACGCGAAUCACUUACCAGGAUAGGCAUUACGGACAUCUUGGACCAGAGCAAGAUUGCCCGGUGCUACUCACCGUCUGUGGGCGAGCCAAGUCGACCUGCGAGUUGCCAAUAUUAUGCGCCAUGUGACAGGAACUCCACCUGCGCUAUGCUCUCUCGCACAUCAAAGCCCCGUUUCGUGUGCAAGCAAAAGGACGCAUGCGGUGGAGGGUCUUGUCUUAAUGGCGGUUUCUGCAAGAGCACCGGUGCGAAUUACACCUGUGAUUGCACCAUUGGUUACCGAGGCCGUCGAUGUGAGGUGAAGUGGCUGACCAUGGAAAGCAGUGAUGCGCAGUUCGCCAACACGACCAAGUCUGUUCAGGACAGUGUAGACAGCCUUAAAAGUACUGUUAUGUCGGCUGUCAGCUCGAUUCAAAGCCUGAUGGAACACAUCUUCAACGCACUGGUUAGAAUCGAUUCAACCGUCGCCGUGCGCCCGUCCAAACCAACCUCUCGUCCAACUACUGAGGUAACUCCGGUUGCAGCUACUAUCCUAACAACCAGUCCGACGACUGUGUCAACGACUGUGUCAACUACAGAGGCAGUAACGAUUCGCGUCCCAAGGAUAGAAUAUGAGCUCUUCUUGCCCCAAAACGUUGACUGGAAUAGCGCCAGAGAGGUCUGCCGCUCACGCGGCGGAGAUCUGGCCGCGGUGAGGAAUGAUGAUGAGCACCGCGAAAUAGUCGAGCUGAUGAGGAGCAGUGGGAAUUACGAAACUUGGGUGUGGCUUGGCGGCACAGAUAGCCGUAGCGAGGGCAAAUGGAGGUGGAUUAUAGAUGGCCAAGCCGUCACCCUCUCAAGGUGGGCCACUGGUGAACCGAACAGCUUUCGUGGCUAUAAUGAAGACUGCAUGGACUUGAGCAGCGGUUCAUGGAAUGACUUGCCCUGCGACGCGACUGUGCCUGGUUUUGUGUGCCAGUAUACAAAAUACAUUGGUGUAACUACUUCCCCAACUACUACUCCAACAACUGUUCCGACGACUGUCCCAACGACUGUGCCAACUACGGAGACAGUAACGACCAAGCGUAGGAUUCGCGUGGCACGAACAGAGUACGAGCUCAACGUGCCCUAUGACGUUGACUGGCAUAGCGCCAGUGGCAUUUGCAACUUGCGCGGCGGCGACCUGGCCGUUGCAAGAAACUAUGAGGAGCACACGAAGCUAGCCCAGCUGAUGAGCGGUAGUAACUACGACACUAGCGUGUGGCUGGGUGCCACGGACAGAGGUAUUGAGGGCAGGUGGCGGUGGAUUACUGGCGAAGCGGUCGCCUUCUCCAGGUGGAACAGUGGUGAACCGAACAACGACUACGCUGGCCAUGAAGAGGACUGCAUGCAGUUCGUCCGUGGCUCAUGGAAUGACUUGCCCUGCGACCGGCCUAUCCAUGGUUUCAUUUGCCAGUAUACAAGAUACAGUUACAAGUAUGUUUAAAAACUGUGAUACUGAAGUGAAUACAAUCGAAACUGUUGCAAAUUAUGUUUGAAACUAGGAACUGUUAUUUUGUACAAAGCAUUAGUUUAGGUGCAGUCCGUGAACUUCUAACAUCACCUCUGCUCUCUUUGAAAACCUUGAUACAAAGCAUUUCGAGAUCAAACGUCACUGAUAGUGGUACUGUAAUGCGUGUAGCUACCAUCUCAACUUUGAUUUGAUCUGCCACAAUCAUCAGUUCUUUCUCGCGGUAGAGUUUCUGCACCUGCACGUUCAAUUGUAACGUUACUCAGUACUCUUCAUGCCAGAAUCUACAAAUCCUCUUUAAAAACCGUAUUAAAAAAUUAUUACACAGUAAACGUACCUGUAUACAGUGUGUUCACAGUCCUCAGUGUUUUGUAAUUAUAUUCAUUUUUUUAUUUGCAUAACGAGUUGUAUUGUACAGGUCUAUUUUCCCAAAUUUCCACUUUACCCUACACAAAUAAUAUUCAUUCCAUUAUUUCCUUCGUUAUCUACAUGUACCUCCACUGGUGAGCUUGCAAAGAGCAAAUCAGUUGUUUGGAGGAUAUGCAACAUCUAACCAAGCACGAA